AUGUCUCUCCUACUAAAGAAGGACGAGAAAUCCAUUUCCUACGAUGCCGCCAUGCUCUUCUGGCGGACUAUCACGCAGAUAUUCUUCCGUGAAGUACGACCUCGGGGGGCUUUCCAUGUUCCUCGAACCGGACCAGUAAUCUUUGUCGGAGCUCCUCACAACAAUCAAUUUCUGGAUCCCCUCCUGCUUAGUCUAGAAGUUUACAAAGAGACGCACAGACGCGUUCAGUUCCUUACCGCUGCGAAAAGUAUGGACCGAAAGUGGAUCGGGUUUUUUGCAAGAUUAAUGGACAGUAUUCCUGUUGCGCGCGCUGCAGAUUCUGCGAAAACCGGUACAGGUCGCAUUGGGAUUUCUCCGGACGAUCCGUGUCUCGUCCUGGGUGAAGGGACCAAGUUCCUUAGCGAAUUUAAGCCUCGUAUGCAGAUCAUGCUUCCGAAAGCCCUCAAUUCAGCAGUCGCCGAAGUCAGCGAGGUUAUUUCAGACACGGAAUUGCGCAUAAAGAAAGAGUUCGGCGGUGAAAGUGGUAAAGGCACGGCACGAAUCCGAGAAAAGGUUGCAGAACUGCAUACUGAAGGAAUCAUUGGUCUCGACUAUCAAAAACUGCCUUAUGUUGACCAGCAAGAGAUGUACCGUCAUGUAUACCAAUGCCUCACAAUGGGCGGUAGUAUCGGGGGCAGCCAUGACCGCACCGACCUCCUUCCUCUAAAGGCCGGAGUAUCUAUCAUGGCCCUUGGAGCCAUGGCAAAUGACCCAAGGUGUCAAGUCAAAAUUGUCCCCGUCGGCCUUUCCUAUUUCCACGCGCAUCGAUUUCGUUCACGAGCAGUGGUUGAGUUUGGUUCCGCUCUCGACGUACCCCCAGAGUACGUGGAGAUGUUCAAGCAAGGCGGGGCUCAAAAGCGGGAGGCUGUUGCCAAAUUUCUUGAUCUCAUUUAUAAUGGCUUAAAAACGGUCACCAUUCGGGCCCCCGAUUAUGACACCCUUAUGCUCAUCCAAGCCGUUCGGAGGUUGUACAAAACCCCAGGGCAACACCUGACACUUGGUCAGGUUGUCGAACUGAACCGAAAACUGCUGGAAGGUUAUGUCCACUUCAAGGACGAGCCUCGUGUUCAGAAACUUCGUGCUGAUGUUUUGAAGUAUAACCGCCUUGUCCGCGAUCUUGGCCUUAGAGAUCAUCAAGUUCCCCGUGCUCAAAAGGCAGGCUGGAAAACCCUUGGUCUUCUGACAUAUCGUAUUGGAUUACUCCUCUUCUGGACAUUGCUCGCAUUACCUGGAACGAUUUUGAAUGGCCCAAUGUUCAUCAUCGCUUCCAUUAUCUCGAGGAAAAAGGCAAAAGAGGCUCUUGCUGCCUCUGUUGUCAAAAUUGCUGGACGCGACGUUCUGGCAACCUGGAAGAUUCUGAUUGCAUUGGGUAUUACACCUGUUCUCUAUGCAUUCUACGCCAUUGUGGCUACCAUGGUCGUGAUACAAGCUCAUGCUCCGUUGAAGUGGAGAAUAGCAACUCCAUUCUUGGUUAGCACCGCCUUGCCUUUCAUGAAUUUCGCCGCCCUCAAAUUUGGUGAAGCCGGGAUGGAUGUGUUAAAGUCUCUACCUCCUCUCAUUGUUGCUUUGGCUCCUGGCCAACAACGCUCCUUGGACAAACUUAAAGCAAUGAGGAUACAUUUGGCGAAUGAAGUCGCGAGUCUCAUUAACGACUACGGACCCAAAAUUUACGAAGAUUUUGACCAGGCACGGAUUCUUGUCCCUUCAGCUAGCGCACCUCCUUCCAGCGGAUCAUCGGGCCUCUGGAGAAGGACGAGCAGCACAGGGGCCGUUGAUGCCCAAGGACUCGGACUUACACAUCCUAUGACAUGGAUCGACGAGCGUCUUUUUGGCUGGAGCCGUAGCUCAAAACGCGGUACUAGUGCCUGGGCUGGUGACGAUAUCAGCAGGAUCCACACCCCCAACGAUUCUGACGAAGAAGACGCCGGCGAUUACGACAACGUUGUUGGGUUCUUACCGACCGAUGGUGACUCUCACGUACCACAAAAGUCACGCAGUCGUCAAAGCUCGUACGCCGACCUUCAGCGAUUGCGUAUGGCCCCUCUUUCAGCACAGUCUCGCAACACAAACCAUAGCCAUCAUCAAGAUGGCCACGACGACCAUUCUCCUCACAGAACACGCCGAGCAAGUCUCUCGGAUAGAGUUCCUGUCAGUCGAAUUGCUGCUGUCGAUCCUGAACAACCAUUUGACAAUGCUACGCAGGAUUUGAAUGAUGAAAUCCUGCAUGCGAAGAUCAAGUAA